UAGCACCUCGUCGGGUGCGGAACGCGAUUAACGGUAGAAACAGUUAAGAGCAAACGAAACAAGUGUGGGCGACGCAGCAGACGGGGGAAGGUGUAAUAAUUUGCACGUACAGCACGCGAGAGGCGGUUUGGAAAACAAUUCAAUAUUUUGGAGAUUUGGAAAUAAACAAAAAUCUCAACGCAGCCACAGGCAGUAGCUAUUGAGAAGUGCUACAAUUUCCGAAAACGCAAAGAAUAAUAUUGUGGCAACCAUUUGGUCGACAAAAGGGAGUGAGAGGAUUGGAGUGGGAGGCGGCGACUGAUCAACAUCUGUCGAUGACGACAGGCUGAUCAAAAGAUUGAUUGCAGGCCCAAUUAAUACAUAUGUACAAUCAGAAAGUGUGCCGCAAAAGAAAAGCGUUCAUGCAAAUUCUGUAGUUUUUGUAGGCCAGCCACAAACUGUAAACACAUCAACAAUACCAAACGAAAGAAUAACAACAACAACAUCAAGUGGAGAAUGGAGAAUGUGCGCUUUUCCAUCAUCGAAAACGAUUUGAAAUGGAACUCGGAGAGCGAAGGGGCGGCCGACAUGGACCUGCUGUUUGAUAAGCGCAGCAUCUCUAGCGAGGCCAACAGCGAUGCCGUUUUCAGCAAUGAGGCGCACGAGAUAUUCGCCAGGCAACAACAAAACCAGGUGCUGUGGCAGCCGCAAGAGAUUGACGAGUCGCUAUCGCUGCUGCCCAAUGGCGUCCCCAUACUGGAAAUGGUCAAAUCGGCCUGUUUCAUGGAAUUGUUGAUUGAGCCGAGCGAUUGCAACUUGGCGCUAAUUUGCAGCGCCCUCUAUGGUUCGGUGGAAAACGUCAUAUAUCUCCUCACACACUACAAUGCGGAUCCAAAUGCUGCCGACAAUCGAGGACGCACUCCACUGCACUUUGCCUGCUGUCGCGCCAAUGCGCCCAUUGCCAAGGUGCUGCUUGAUCGUGGCUCCGAUCCGAAUCGCUGGGAUGCCAAGAAGGAAGUGACGCCACUGCACUGCGCUGCAAGCUCGAAGAGCGUGGAAUGCAUUCUGUUGCUGCUGCGUCGCAAGGCGAACAUCAACAUUGGCAUUGAGCGGCGAUCUGCUUUGCAUUAUGCCAUCGAUGGCAAUGCCGUCGACUGCGUGGAAAUUCUUUUGAAGUACGGCGCCGAUCCGAAUACCCCACAAGUGUACACGGAGACGCCGCUGCACACCGCUUCUGCAUCGGGAUUCACCAAGUGCGUGGAGCUGCUGCUGAAUCACAACGCUGAUGUGCGAUCCCAAUUCGGGGAAGGCAAAGUGACGGCGCUACAUUUGGCGGCUGAAAAUGAUUAUGCCGAGUGUGUGAGAUUGCUUUUGGAGCACCGUGCGGAUGUCAACUGCCGGAAUGCGAGCCAACAGACGCCACUGCAUCUCGCCUGUCUCUCGCAGUCGAUUGGCACCGUGGAAAUUCUGCUGAAAUACGGCGCCAAUGUGAAUGCCGUCUAUCGUGAUGGACGCACCGCUCUCCACGCUGCCAUCGUGAAGCAGUCACGUUGUCUCGACUGUUGCAAUGCGCUGCUUAAAGCGGGCGCCGAUGUUAACAAGGCGGAUGAUUACGGAUACACGCCACUGCACAUAGCUGCACUUAACGAAUUCAGCAGCUGUGUUUACACCUUUAUUGAGCACGGCGCUGAUAUCACGGCUCGCACAGACGGACACACUUCAGCUUUAACGUUUAUAGUCCGUCGCUGUCCAGAAGUUAUACCAAAGCUCAUGCAAAAGUUGGACAACUCAAUCAAGGCGAACGAUCAUGAAAUUGGCGACGUUGAUUGUCAGAUUAAACUAGAUUUUCGCCUGCUGGUGCCCAGCUCGUCCAUGGAUAAAGGUGAAACGGAGCUGAUGCUGACGCUCAUUGAAGUUGGCCAGAAGCGCAUUCUGAUGCAUCCGCUGUGCGAGACAUUUCUGUUCCUCAAGUGGCGACGCAUACGCAAAUUCUUUCUGCUGAGUUUGGCCUAUCACACUUGCUUUGUGCUCCUCUUCACUUUCUAUGUGAUCGGUGUCUAUACGCGCAGUUGCAAGGAGAGCGAACAAUCGUGUCAGGCACCUGGCUACGUCUCCAGUGUGGGCUACUUUGUCAUAGUGCUCAAUCUGCUGCUGCUCGGGAAAGAGGUCUUUCAAAUGGCACAUGGACUGCAUGGCUAUGCCAAGUACUGGGAGAACUGGCUACAGUGGACCAUUGUCUUUGGAGUCAUGUUGUGUGUGACGCCGGAGAUACUGUGGACAGGCGAUCUGCUGACAGUUCCCAAGUGGCAGCAUCAUGUGGCUGCCGUUGUCAUUCUACUCGUCUGGCUGGAGCUGAUGAUGCUCGUGGGUCGUUUUCCCAUCUUUGGCGUCUACGUGCAAAUGUUUACCAAAGUUGCUGUCAACUUUGCUAAAUUCCUGCUCGCCUACAUCUGUCUGCUGAUUGCCUUUGGCCUGAGCUUCGCUGUGCUGUUCAAUGAUUAUCCGGCCUUUGAGAAUAUUACGUGGUGUUUCCUCAAAUCGUUCACCAUGAUGUCGGGUGAACUGGAGUUUGAGGAUAUCUUUUAUGGCGACUAUGCGGUCAAAUAUCCAGUGACUGCACACAUCAUAUUUCUCUCCUUUGUGCUGUUGGUGACGGUGAUUUUAACCAAUCUGAUGUUGGGUCUGGCUGUCAGCGACAUUCAAGGACUGCAAGUCUCGGCCACGUUGGAUCGUCUGGUGCGUCAGGCGGAGUUGGUGUCGCGUCUCGAAAGUUUCUUCUUCUCGCGACUGCUGCGAAAUGCUCCGCUCGUGCAUUACUGUAAAAGAAAAGCUUUGCUGCGCACUUCACGCGACAAACUGCAGUUCACGGUGCGUCCCAAUGAUCCUCGAGAUCGUUCUCAGCUGCCCGAGGACAUUAAGCUGAAUAUCUAUAAACUGGUGGCCGAGCGACGAGAUCGCAAUAUGAGCAUCCGAAGACGACAGUUCGAGACAAACUAUCACAUGUUUAGUCGCAGUUUGCAGCGACAAAAGGAUAACUCCGAGUCCGCGCAGAUGCAACAACAGCAGCAACAGUUGCUGGGACAACAGACGCCACAAGAUGCCAAGUAUGCCACCCAAACGCAAUUCUUUCAAAUGAACGAGUUGCUGCGUCCACGCUCGGCUACGAAUGUGCCACAACAGCUGCGACAGGAGCAGGAAACCAUUGUGAAGCUGAAGAAUCAGGCCAACGAUUGGCGUGCCGAGGUGCAAACGCUCAAGGAGCAAUUGACACAGUUGAGCACAAAGUUCGAUCGAUUUGCUGAGAAUGCAAUGCGCAAGCUCAACUACAGCGCCGAUGAAUUGUGCCGCAUGAAGCAGCAACAACAGCAGACAACGCCCUCGUCAACAGCGGAGACACUGCGUCAUCAUCAGCGGCAUCAUCAUCGUUAA